CGCACCGCAGCGGAACCAUUCCAAGGCCGUCCUGCGGGGACACCUCAGACUCUCAUUCAGUUUCCAAAAUAAACGGGGGAGAAAAAAAAGUUGACAUUAGCCGCGGCGACGAUCAUGCUGAGCGUGUUUCAUGAGGACAAGCGGAUAAACGGCGUCCGUCCAACCCGCGAGUCAGGACAACGGUAGCCCGGUACUGCUAGCUCUAAUCUCAGCCCGGAAAUUCGCUGGCCUUUUCGGUGCUUUGGCGGUAAGACUUUCGGAGGAGCGCCGGCCGGGAAGAAGGUAAGAGGGGGUUAAGCGCCUCCUCGCGUCCGGGAUGCGAACGCCGUAAGCGGGGCUGGGGAUCGAGGUGAGACCGCGAGGGGAGGCGAGGCGGCAUUCCUCCGGAGCCCCAUGAACGCGCGUCGGCCCCGGCCGCCGGCAGCAUCCGUGCCCGCCACUCGGCCGCCUCCCCGUCCGGGAUGCUAGCGGCGAGGAUGAAGACGAGGCCGCGCUGACUGUCAUUGUCCCCCAUGACUCCGCGGUGCGGCGGCCGGCCAGGCGGCGCCCCGCUCGGCCCGGCGCGGGUUCGUCUUCGGCAGUAGAGUGGGAAGGCAGCGAUCGGAAAUGGUGUCUCACAAGGUUCUCGCGGCCGUCCUCUUGCUCAACGUCUACAUGGGCGUGCAGUCGGCGCUGUGCUUGUUCGGCGGCGUGCUGCUGUCGGCGCUCUUGGCUCUGGCCUUGGCCUUCCUCAACGGACCGCGGCUGCUGGACUGGGCCAGCUCGCCUCCGCACCUGCAGUUCAACAAGUACGUUCUGACCGGCUACAGGCCCGUGUCGUCGGUCCAGGACUGCAUCCGGAGUCUCUUCUACCUUCACAACGAGCUGGGCAACAUCUACACUCACGGCAUCCCUCUGGUGUGCUUCCUGGUGCUGCUGCCCCUCAACAUCCCCUGGUCCCAGAUCAGCGUGACGUGGCUGGGCGUGGUGCACUUCCUGGCUUGCUUGUCGCCGCAGCUGGGCUCGGUGCUCUACCACCUCUUCAUGAACCACGAGGGCGGCGAGCCGGUCUACCACACGCUGCUCAAGCUGGACGUGUGCGGCAUUUGCAUGAUCAACACGCUGGGGGCGCUGCCAAUCCUGUACAGCACGCUGCUGUGCUACCCGCGGACGCGCACCGCAGCGCUGUGGCUCUACAUCCUGCUGUCGGGCUACGCUAUCUACUGCGCGGUGACGGCGCGCAGUAGCGUGCGCCGGCUGCGGUCCUUCGCUUGGCAGGCGAUCUUCCGCUUUUCCUUCUUCGUUCUGCGCUGGGCAGGCGUGGGCGGCGGUAGUCCCACCUCGCUGCGCCACUUCCUGACCAUGGACGCGUUAGCCGUGCUGGGCGGCGUCAUCAACAUUGCCCGCGUGCCCGAGCGCUUCCGCCCGGGCCUCUUUGACUACUGGUGCAACAGCCACCAGAUCAUGCACGUGCUGGUGGUCAUCUCCAUCCUCUACCUGCACUGGGGGGUCCUGGACGACCUGCUGUGGAUCAACAGCUACCGAUGUCCCUCCGACUGAGGCCCCUCGACCGGAGACGCGGAACUGGCUCCGCGGCACUCCGGUGGAACUUGAGGUGGCCGUUUUAAGACUCAUUACAACUUAUUUACUGCCAUUGACGGUCAAUUGGCAGCGAAUGGGCAUGUUUCAGCACCAGUGAAGGCGCUAGGCGCCCCAUCCUUUGGGCCGCCGAUGACGGCUCGCGGUCCAAAUGGAUGGGGCGUCUAAACGACGUCUCUGGCAGUGAAUUAGGUAAGCCGACUCCCCCGUAGGGGCUACAUUGAAAAUGCGUUUUCUAGAAAAACAUUUUAUCCCGACCGGUUUAGGGUUUAGUCAGCUGGGCUAGGCUCCAGCACCCCGCGACACUGACAAGCAGUGUUAAAAAUGGAUAGAUCCCUUAUAUAUAUGCUUGUUUAAUCUUACCUUAAUUCGGCAAACCAGCCUGACUUUGGCCACGUGCAAGGUACGUGGCAACAAUGUUGUUUUCGGCAGUGAUGACGCUAACCAGUGUUGUCACAGGUUACUUGAAAAAGUAAUUUAAUUACUCAUUAUGCCUCAAAAAAGUCUAGUCUAAUCUAGUUACUUUACUGAUUAUUAUUAAAGUAAGUAAGUUACAGUGGUAUGAAAAAGUAUCUGAACCUUUUGGAAUUUCUCACAUUUCUGCAUAAAAUCACCAUCAAAUGUGAUCUGAUCCUUGUUAAAAUCACACAGAUGUAAAAACUGGGUCCGCUUUAACUAAAACCACCCAAACGUUUAUAGGUUUUCAUAAUUUAAUGAGGAUAGCAUGCAAACAAUGAAAGCAGGGGGAAAAAUAAGUACCGCAAAUGCAAAUCGUGAAUUUCGAAGAACUAUGAAAAUAACGUUUAAAAGCAGAAGUUGACACACAAGAAAAAGAAAAAAGGAAUGUGUGUGGAGCAUUGGUGUCGUUUGGGCUAUUCUUAACCCCCUCUAAAUAAUUUGGUGCUUUUUUAUUAAAAAAAAAAAGAAAAUACAAAAAAUGCUGACAUAUUCACAAUGAAGUUGCCAGAAUAUUACCGUAUUGGCCCGAAUAUAAGACGGCCCUGAUUAUAAGACGACCCCCUCUUUUUCAAGACUCAAGUUUGAAAAAACUUUUUGAACACCAAAUUAAUUUUUAUACAGAAAAUAAUUACAGUACAUCCGAAACAAAUGAUUAUAACAAUAUAUUUGAGAGAAAAAGCAUGUUUUUUUUUCCUCAUUCAAAUCUUAAUAUCUGAACAUUUAAAUAUGUAAACUAAAGUGCAAUCACAUUCGUAAAUGAAUGGCUUCUGGUUUUUGAAAUGUAAAUAAACCAAUCUGUUGUGAUAAAACAACAAAAUUGCAAUAACUGCAAUAACCAUCAAAGUGAAGUCUAACUGUAGUCUUGAAACAAAUCUGAAUAAGGAAAAACAUUGCAAAAAUGCAAACUGGUUAAACUUGAGAGUAGCUGAGAUCUGUCAUGACAAAACAUCGCUUCAAUGAUAUCUGGCGCCAUCUAGCGUCUUGAAUGGAUAUAACGUCUAGAAUGCAAAUGUAAGACGACCCCCACUUUUUCAGUCUUAUUUCAAUGCAAAAAACACCGUCUUAUAUUCUGGCUAAUACGGUAAGUCAACCAUCUCCCGAAGGAAACUUAAAGAGCAAUUGAAACCAAUUUUUACCAAACAAUUUAAGUCAGGUGUGUGUCCAAUCACUGAUGAUUGGUUUAAAGCUGCCCUGCCCACUAUAAAACACACACCAGGUAAGAAUUGUCUUGAUGAGAAGCAUUGUCUGAUGUGUGUCAUGGCUCGGUCAAAAGAGCUGUCUAGAGACCUUUGAUCAAGGAUUGUUGAUUUGUCUAAAGCUGGGAAAGGAUACAAAACCAUCUCUAAAAAUCCGGAUGUUCAUCAAUCGACAGUUAGAGAAGUUGUCUACAAAUGAAAAGAGUUUGGCACUGUUGCUUCUCUCCUAAGAAGUGGCUUUCCACCAAAGAUGACGCCGAGAGUUCAGCGCAGAAUACUCAGAAAGGUAAAAAAGAACCACAGUGUCUGCUAAAGACUUAUAGAAAUCACAGUCCAAUAUCUUUGUGACGCAGAAACCAAGACUGCACUUUGUUUCUCGCAUGUGGUUAAUGUCUUCAGUUUCUUUAAAUGGUUGUUGUCCACAAGCUUCCAAUGACUAUGAAUGAGGAUGUUUCGGCCUAUUGGCACGUUCUCCUGAGGCCUACGCUUGGUCCCUAGUAGUGCUGCAUUAACUCAAUUAAUCGAUUAACUGAAGUAAUUCAGAUUAGAAAAAAGAUUUGGAUCAAAUUUUAAACACUUAAACAGACAUCAACAGACAUCAAAUGAAUUUAAGGUAUCUGGCGCGCACCAGAUAGUAUCCGGUGCGCACCAGAAAAUAUCUGGUAAAGAUUAGCAUUAUAUAGCAAGUCCGCUAGCUUACAUGUAAUGUAAACUAGCGGACUUUUAUGAUGCAAGUUAGCCAGUUGUUGUAAACAUUAGUUCCAUCCGUCACUGCCACAAUUAUACAGCAAGUCUGCUAGCUUAAAUGCUAUAUCAUGCUAUCUGGUAAACAUUAGCAUGAUAUAGCAUAUAAGCUAGCGGACUUUUAUUAUGCAAG